ACCAACCCACUCCCCUACCCUUCUUCUUCCCUUCCCACACCAAUGGUUCCUUCACCAACCUCAAUUGAGCACCCGCCUCACCUCGCGAGCUGGUACGCGUCAAAGAAACCUCCAGCUCCCGAUUCGCCAUGGCUCAAGAACAACCCAAUCCCGACGAGGUCGUUCUCGGGCAGGAGAUCAACGGCGCGAGGGUGGUCACCCUCAACCGCCCGCGCCAGCUGAACGGCAUCAACGACAGAGUGGUCUAUAUCCUAGCUCAGCUCUUGGAGAAAUGGGAGAAAGAUGACGAUGCCAAGCUGGUCAUCUUCAAGGGAGCUGGACGCGCAUUUUCUGCUGGUGGGGACCUAAAGAUGUUCUACGAAGGGAGAUCAUCGGAUGAUUCCUGCCUCGAGGUUGUGUACAGGAUGUACUGGCUCUGCUAUCACAUUCAUACAUAUAAGAAAACCAUGGUGGCUCUUGUUAAUGGACUUGUUAUGGGUGGAGGUGCAGCCAUGGUUGCUCCACUGAAAUUUGCAGUUGUCACAGAGAAAACAGUUUUUGCCACCCCCGAGGCAAGUGUUGGACUACACACAGAUUGUAGCUUUUCUUAUAUCCAUUCUCGGCUCCCUGGAUAUUUAGGGGAGUAUCUGGCUUUGACUGGUGCUAGACUGAAUGCAAAAGAAAUGAUCGCUGCUGGUCUUGCUACUCAUUUUGUCCAUUCUGAAAAAUUGGAAGAUCUCGAAAAACAAUUACUGAAUUUAAACACAGGCGACGAGUCUGCAGUCCGAGCUGUCCUUGAGGAAUUCUCUACGGAUGUUCAACUUGAUCAAGAGAGUAUUUUAAACAAGCUUUCAACUAUCGACAAAUGUUUCUCAGCCGAGACUGUUGAGGAGAUCUUGAAAGCACUUGAUUCAGAAGUGAGCGUCGAUGGAAAUCAAUGGAUAGCUCCAGUCCUGAAGAGUAUGAGAAGAUCAUCUCCUACUGGAUUGAAGAUCACACUGCGAUCGGUUAGAGAAGGUCGGAAGCAGAGUCUGCAGGAGUGUUUGAAGAAGGAAUUCGGACUAACAAUGAACAUCCUCCGAUCUGUCAUUACUGGCGAUGUGUACGAGGGUAUUAGAGCUCUGAGCAUCGACAAAGACAAUGCACCUAAGUGGAGUCCUGCAACUAUUGAAGAGGUGAAGAAUGAAGACAUUGACCGUGUUUUCGAACCAUUCAGCUCUGGACAUGAGCUCCAAGUCCCAUCUGAUGAUUCCAACAGGUGGAGCGGCAAAUACGAGCACACGGUCUAUGCAAAAUCUUCACAGUAAUCACCACACAGCCCAGGCUCUGGAGCAGCAGCCCUUUGUACUUGGGUUGCUGUAUGACAUGCAUGUUUGAGUGCAAAUGUACUACCUGUGUGUAACAUUAUGCCAACUGUUGAGAACUACUGUAAAGCAAUAAAGCAACUGAGGUUUCAUUA